AUGAACCAUUUUUUCUGUGAAUUUCCAGAAAAGGCAAAAGAUCGAAUUAAAAAAAUCUAUCAAUUAUACAACAGGAAUCCUUCAGAAUCAGUGCGGCUGGUAGAUAAAACUGUUUCGAGCUGCAAAAAAUGCCUCGAGGUUUAUUUAAACUGCAGUCCUGAGUGGUGGUUCGAAAAGAAACGAGUCUGUACCAACUUCUGUCCAGAAAAGCUUUAUCAUUGGGAAUUACUAUCUGAUGAAGAUAUAUUUUACGAAUAUAAAGCCUGCAUGGGCUGUCGGACUGCAUAUUUUGGAUUUAAGAGCAUUGUUUUUCUGAUUAAAGAUAAGACAAGAAGCAAUGAAAGUUGGAGCAAAGUACAAUUAGAAAGUGUUGAGUUAACAAGCAAAGAGAUUAAGUUCCUGCUGGAUGGUAGAUUGAAAAAGGAUGUGUGUUUUUUCAAAGCUUUAAAUCUACUAUUUUCCAAAGUCCCAGCAUCGUAUAGGGACCAGAUUAAAAGCAUACUUUUUGAAACGUAUAAGAAUGAUAAAGAAAUGAGCAAGGACAUUACAGACUUGAGAAUUGAAGCAUUGAAUUGUCUGGGCCAAUUUAUUGAAAAAUACACCAUUGAGCCGACAGAAGUGGGAAUGGUCUAUGAAGACUUACUCGGUAGCAAACGCAUAGAUCUAUUAAUCAAGCAUUACUCUGUCUUUGAAAAUCUCAAUUUUAAUAUUAGUGAAAUUUUUCAAAAAACUUCAACUUUUGAUCUCACAACAUUUAGUUUUAUAGUUAGCCAUAUUGAAAAAAUCGACAUUACAUAUUCCAUUCUUAAUGGAGUGCUGAAAUACAUGUUGAAAUCGUAUCAAACAAAAUGUGCCUUUGACACUAGAAAUAUCGAUUUGCUGUUUCAUAAGAUUGUAAUGUUUCUUGUCAAAAACUCGGAAUAUAGAACUAAUGGGCUGAUAAAUAAGCUCGCCUUGGCCAAUUUUGCUCAGUUCAAGGAUGGAGCGUAUUGGCUGCUAUAUCUGAAUCUUCUUUUCAGUAUUCCAAUAACAAAAGUUUCAUUAUCACAUCCAAAAGGCCUAUUACUUUUUCAACUAACGGACAAAAAAAUCCGAGAACUUGUGCUAGCUGAUCCAAAUGCUGUCUCCGAAUUCAUUAGCGAGAUCAACGAGUUCAAGCCGUUUGUUGAUUCCUUUGAGAGUAUUGGUAUUGAGAUUUCAAAAAGGUUAAAAUUUGAUUUUUCAACGGCAGUUCAGUUUACAAACACGUUUGGAAAUAAUCAAGCCAUGCUUGAUAAUAUCAUUGAAAAUUUAACUUUCCAAAGUCCUAAUAUUGAUAUUCUAUCCGAAUCUGCUAGGUUUUCAUGCUCAGAGUUUCUAAGCUUACUCAAACAAAGAAUGAAACUUAAUAACACUGGCAGAGGAGAUCCAGAUUCUAUAAUGCAUAUCCAUGCGGGUCUUUCUGGAAACCCGAGUGGCAAUGCUAGGCUGCUGACUACAGUGCCAGACUCAAAAGCAUGUUUUGAUGAGUUAAAGAGCAGCAUUGAGGUAGAUGAUAUUAAUAUCAGGGAUGCACAAGUUAGGAGCAAAAAAAGGAUACCCAAAAAUCAUAAUAAAACCAAGCACGCACAGUAA